AUGGCUGACGGGCCCCAGAAAUCACAUAAGGCAGCUAGAUCUGUGAAAGUGGGAGGAUUUUAUACAGAAAGUUCUUGGAUAUAUCUGCCUUUCCUGAAACCGUAUAUAUGUAAGGAAUGUGGGAAGGCCUUUGCGAAAGCCUCAAAUCUUAGUGAACAUAGGAGAAUUCACACAGGAGAAAAACCGUAUAUAUGUAAGAAAUGUGGGAAGGCCUUUGCGAAAGCCUCAAUUCUUAGUGUACAUAUGAGAAUUCACACUGGAGAGAAACCGUAUAUAUGUAAGGAAUGUGGAAAGACCUUUGCUUUGGCCUCAAGACUUAGUGAACAUUGGAAAAUUCACACUGGAGAGAGACCCUAUGUUUGUCAGGAAUGUGGAAAGACCUUUAUUUUGGCCUCAAAACUUAGUGUACAUAGGAGAAUUCACACUGGAGAGAAACCGUAUAUAUGUAAGGAAUGUGGGAAGUCCUUUGCUGAAGCCUCAAGCCUUCGUGUACAUAGGAGAAUUCACACUGGAGAGAAACCGUAUAUAUGUAAGGAAUGUGGGAAGUCCUUUACUGAAGCCUCAAACCUUAGUGUACAUAGGAGAAUUCACACUGGAGAGAAACCGUAUAUAUGUAAGGAAUGUGGGAAUGCCUUUGCUACAGCCUCAAGCCUUAAUGUAUAUAGGAGAAUUCACACUGGAGAGAAACCGUAUAUAUGUAAGGAAUGUGGGAAGUCCUUUACUGAAGCCUUAAACCUUAGUGUACAUAGGAGAAUUCACACUGGAGAGAAACUGUAUAUAUGUAAGGAAUGUGGAAAGGCCUUUGCUACAGCCUCAAGCCUUAAUGUACAUAGGAGAAUUCACACUGGAGAGAAACCGUAUAUAUGUAAUGAAUGUGGAAAGGCCUUUGUUUUGGCCUCAAGACUUAGUGUACAUAGGAGAAUUCACACUGGAGAGAAACCGUAUAUAUGUAAGGAAUGUGGGAAGGCCUUUUCUCAAUCCUCAAGCCUUACUAUACAUAGGAGAAUUCACACUGGAGAG